CCUAUGCCUGGGUCGCUAUGUGCUCUUUCUCCUGUAUCUCUUUGGAACGAAACUGAAAGAGAAAAGAAAGAUAAAAUCUUACCGGCACAAUGGGUUCUUGCCGGUCAGCCCUCGCGGCGAUAGCCCUGGUCUCGCUGAUUGGAUAUUCCUCGAGCAUGGGCGUGUUGAUGUCGCCCACACUUAGAGAUCUACAGCUCGCAGCGAAUCUAGGCUUGGAUGCAGAUACCGUGCUCUUUCGCCAUGAGAACUUUCGUACGAUGGUUGCCAACUCGGCUGCAGAAAAUGUUCCAGCGGAAUAUGCUACACUUCCCAUCGACCACGGAGAUCAUUCAGUUGGUACUUACAAGAACCGAUACUGGGUCACGGAUGCAUACUAUGAACCAGGGGGCCCAGUCAUUGUAUAUGAUGGCGGCGAAGCAAACGCUGAAUCGUCAGCCCAGGCGUACCUGAGCAACUCGACUCAAUUCUUCCAACAGUUCCUGAAAGAAUUCAAUGCCAUUGGUAUCGUAUGGGAGCAUCGCUACUACGGGGAUUCGCUACCCUUCGAUGUUGGCCCCGAUACACCAGUUGAAAAUUUCAAAUAUCUGACCAACGAGCAAGCCCUGGCUGAUUUGCCAUAUUUCGCUAGCAACUUCAGCCGAGCAGCUUUUCCCGACCAAGAUCUUACACCGAAGUCGACACCGUGGGUUAUGGUUGGAGGGUCUUAUUCCGGAAUGCGCGCAGCAUUCUCCCGAAAUCAAUAUCCAGAGACCUUCUUCGCUGCCUUCUCUUCAUCCGCCCCGGUAGAGGCUCGUAUCGAUUUGAGUGCCUAUUGGGAUCAAGUGUAUCGUGGAAUGGUGGGGUACGGAUAUGAAACUUGCGCCAAAGAUCUCCAUGCCGCGCUCGCAUAUAUCGACGACCAGUUGGAUGGUAGCCAGACUGCCGCGAGUAUCAAACGACUCUUUCUGGGACCAGGAGCGGAAAACAACGCCAAUGCCGACUUCACAGCUGCUCUUACCUCAAUCUACGGUUUAUUCCAAAGCUAUGGAAUGGGCGGUGGCUCUGCAUCCCUCAGCGCUUUAUGCGGCUAUUUGGAAUCAAGCAGCGGAAACAACACUAACAGUACCUUCGCUAUAAUCAACACUGGCCAGGCUGUGACAAAGAGGCUUUCUUCGUGGCCGAUGAUGACUCCUUUGAUGAAUAGCUUUUUUGGCACCAACUGCAAAGGUUCAGACACCUCGCGCUCAUCAUCUUGUGAACUCGGUCGGCCAUCCACCAACCCAGACACUAUCAGCUGGACCUGGCAGUACUGUACGCAGUGGGGGUAUUUCCAGAGCGAUAAUAUUGGCCCACAUGCGCUUUUAUCCAAAUAUCAGACGAACGACUAUGCCCAGCAGGUCUGUUAUCGACAAUUCCCAGACGGCUUGAGUAGCGGUCUGCUGCCACCCCAGCCGCAAACUGCUCUGGUAAAUGCGCAAACCGGAGGUUGGACAAUACGGCCAUCCAAUGUUUACUUCAGCGGUGGGCAAUAUGAUCCAUGGAGGCCUCUCUCGACGCUGUCAACCGAAUCAUUCGCCCCAGCCAAUGUCAAUUUCACGACAGAGGUCCCCGGCUGUGGGGUUCGCACCAGCGAGGACGAGGUGUUCGGAUACAUCAUGCCCAACGCAGAGCACUGUUUCGACUUCCGCACUACUUUCCCCGCUGGGGCCACCUCGAGAGGGUAUUUCAUCAACGCUUUGAAGGAAUGGUUGCCAUGUUUCCAGAAAGGGCAGUGAAGACGCGUUUUGUUUUUUUUGUUUUUUUCCGUUUCCUUUGUGUAUAUAUAUUGCAUCUGUUCAUUGUACGUAGUUUCGUUAGCGUUGUGUAUAUAUAGUAGCAAUGGGGUGCAAACCUAGUUUAUAAAUAAACCAUCUUUUGCAG